AUGAAAGAUCCUUACGUAGAAAAGGCUAAACAAAUGAAUUAUCGUUGUCGUUCUGCUUUUAAAUUGUUAGAAAUUGAUAAUAAAUUUCAUAUUAUUAGACCCGGGGAGGUAAUUUUGGACAUUGGAGCAGCUCCUGGGAGUUGGACGCAGGUUGCUGUAGAAAGAGCUAAUUUAAGUGUUUUUAACAAAAAAUUCAAGGGUGUAAUUAUUAGCGUUGAUGUUUUACCAUUUGAACCAAUUGCCGGCGCAACAGCUUUAAUUAGAGCAGAUAUAACUAAACUGGAAACUGUAGAAAAAAUCAAGGGCCUUUUGGGGCCCCGCUUAGCUAACUGCAUCCUUUCAGAUAUGGCACCUAACGCUACUGGAAUUAAACAUUUAGACCACGAUAGCAUCACUAACCUAUGCUAUCACGUUCUGAAAUUAUCAUCACUAAUAUCUGAAGAUGGUGGAAACAUAUUAAUGAAAGCUUGGGACGGUGGAAACAUAAGUAAAUUAGAAAAAGAAAUUUUGAAAACUUAUGAAAUUGUGCGAAGAAUUAAACCGAAAUCCAGUCGACAAGAUUCAGCUGAAAUAUAUUUGUUAGGACAACAUUUUAAAAGGCAACAUGUGUUAUAAAAUUUAAUCAUAGCUUAAAAUGUUUAUUAAAAAUUUAUUUUUUGAGAAUGUA